GGGUGGCAGAGCAAAGGAGGAAUGGAUUGUGGGCCACCAGCAACCCUCCAGCCCCACCUGGCUGGGCCACCAGAUAGUCCUCAACACCCAGUAGCUAUAUGCCAACAGGAGAGUCUGUCCUUUAUUGAGCUGCCAACCCUGCAGCCCCUGAGCCCUGUGUGUCUGGACCUUUUCCCUGUCAGCCCGGAGGAACUACGGCCUCCUGGCAGCCGCUGGUCCCUGGGGACCCCUGCUCCUCUUCAAGGUCUGCUAUGGCCACUGACCCCAGAAGGUCCAGAUACAGAGACCUCCACCAGUGGAGGGAUGCGGCCCAGCAGGGCUGGCAGCUGGCCCCACUGUCCUGGUGCCCAGCCCUCAAUUCUGGAGAGACCGUGGAGUCCUCAGCACUCACAGCCGCAGCGCAGGGCCAGCCAUGGCUCAGAGAAGAAGUCAGCCUGGCGCAAGAUGCGGGUGUACCAGCGUGAAGAGGCCUCUGGCAGCCCUGAAGCCCAUCCUGGCUUCCUGGAGCCUAGCCAGACAGUGCAGGAGCAGACUGUAAGCACAGAGGAGCCAAGGGUGCUGGAACUGUCUGGAACUACCCGAGGAGCCUUGGAGGGUCCUGAGCGGAGGCGCUUCUCAGCCUCAGACCUGAUGACCAGGCUACACUCUUCUCUGCGCCUCGGGCGGAGUUCAGCAGCCAGGGCACUGACAUCAGGGCCAGGCACUGGAGCAGGUACCAGCUGGAAAGCAUCUGGAAGGGAGGCUCAAAGUGUAGAGAUGAAGGUGGACACUUCAUCACUGCCAGCACCUGUUGGUGACCCAAGCCAGGGCCUGGGUAGCCUGCUGGAACCCAGGCUGGACAUGCAGGAAGAAGCCCCGGAUCCCAACGAGCGGCGCCAGUCACGGUUUCUCCUAAACUCUGUCCUCUACCAGGAAUACAGCGACGUGGCCAGCGCCCGCGAGCUGCGGCGGCAGCAGCGCGAGGAGGAGGGCCCGGGGGACGAGGCGGAGGGCGCGGAGGAGGGGCCCGGGCCGCCCCGGGCCAACCUCUCUCCUAGCAGCUCCUUCCGGGCCCAGCGAUCGGCGCGAGGCUCCACCUUCUCGCUGUGGCAGGACAUCCCCGACGUGCGCGGCAGCGGCGUCCUGGCCACGCUGAGCCUGCGCGACUGCAAGCUACAGGAGGCCAAGUUUGAGCUGAUCACCUCUGAGGCCUCGUACAUCCACAGCCUGUCUGUGGCCGUGGGACACUUCUUGGGCUCUGCUGAGCUAAGUGAGUGUCUGGGGGCUCAGGACAAGCAGUGGCUAUUUUCCAAGCUGCCUGAGGUCAAGAGCACCAGUGAGAGGUUCCUGCAGGACUUGGAGCAGCGUCUGGAGGCAGAUGUACUGCGAUUCAGUGUGUGCGAUGUAGUGUUCCAUCAUUGCCCUGCCUUCCGCCGUGUCUACCUGCCCUAUGUCACCAACCAGGCCUACCAAGAGCGAACCUACCAGCGCCUGCUCUUGGAAAACCCCAAGUUCCCCAGCAUUUUGGCCCGUCUGGAGGAGUCUCCAGCUUGCCAGCGGCUGCCCCUCACCUCCUUCCUCAUCCUGCCCUUCCAGAGGAUCAUGCGCCUCAAGAUGCUGGUGGAGAACAUCUUGAAGCGAACUACACAGGGCUCCCAUGACGAAGACAUGGCCACCAAGGCCUUUAAUGCACUCAAAGAGCUGGUACAGGAAUGCAACGCCAGUGUGCAGUCUAUGAAGAGGACAGAGGAGCUCAUCCACCUGAGCAAGAAGAUCCACUUUGAGGGCAAGAUCUUCCCACUGAUCUCACAGGCCCGUUGGCUGGUUCGGCAUGGGGAACUAGUGGAGCUGGCACCACUGCCCGCAGCUCCACCUGCCAAGCUGAAGCUGUCCAGCAAGGCGGUCUACUUGCACCUCUUCAAUGACUGCCUUCUGCUCUCCCGGAGGAAGGAGCUCGGGAAGUUCGCCGUUUUCGUCCAUGCCCGGAUGGCAGAGCUGCAGGUGCGGGACCUGAGCCUGAAGCUCCAGGGCAUCCCUGGCCAUGUGUUCCUCCUGAGGCUUCUGCACGGGCAGCGUGCCAAGCACCAGCUCCUGCUAAGGGCCCGCACUGAGAGUGAGAAGCAGCGGUGGAUCUCAGCCUUGUGCCCCUCCAGUGCCCAGGAGGACAAGGAGGCCAUCAGUGAGGGAGAAGACCGCCCCCAGGUCCAGUGCGUGAGAACCUACAAGGCCCUGCAGCCAGAUGAGCUGACCCUGGAGAAGACUGACAUUCUGGCAGUGAAGACCCGGACCAACGAUGGCUGGCUGGAGGGGGUACGCCUGGCAGACGGCGAGAAGGGCUGGGUGCCCCAGGCCUACGUGGAGGAGAUCGGCAGCCUCAGCGCCCGCCUCCGCAACCUCCGCGAGAAUAAGCGGGUCACCAGUGCCAGCAGCAAGCUGGAGGAGCCCCCCGUGUGAAGGGCAGCCGUGGCUGGCAACAGCCGCACUGGACUUGGCUUCUGGUCAGUCUAGAGGGUCCACAGUGGCCCCAUGCCACAGAUGGUGGCUGGGGUACUGGAGUUGGGGGCUUCCAAGGAGUCUCCCCAGUCUUUACUCUCCCUGGUACCCACACUUCAGGGAUGAGGGCCAACACAGGGGGCUGCGCCUUCCACCCACCUGAUUCGUGGCCCCUAUGCAGACGGUGGGUGGACACUGCGGGGUUGGUGGAUGCUGGCAUCUCUGGGUAGCUGAGACUUUCUCUCCACAGCCAAAGCCCAGAGGGUGCCAGUGCCAGUGUGUGGUCACUCUGUAAAUAAACUCCUGGCAGCUUUGCUGGGGGUCCGAGCUGUGAUCCCCACAGCUCUGCCCACAUGUCCCUCCGCCUCAGAUCCCAAGGUGCCUGGCUGUCUCCCUGUAGGGGUUGCCUUUUUCCAAAGUUCUCUUCAACCAGGAGGGACCCCAAGGGUGGGGGUGGGUCUGUGUAUCAGUUAGACUGCUUUGGGCUACAAGUUACAAGAUAGCAGAUUCAAGCAGGCUUAAAUAUUAAAGAGAUGUUAUUGGUUCUUGUGUGUGUUGCCUCUGGGUUCUGUAACAGUUCACCACAAACUGGGUGAUAUAAAACUAGGGAAAUGAGCUAGGUAAGGUGGUACACUCCUGUAAACCCAGAGAGGCCGAGGGUAAAGGCAGUGUGGUUGUGAGUUCAAGGUCAGUUUAGGCAAAGUUAGCAUGAGAGUGUGUCUGAAAAAAAAUUAAAAGGAAAAGACUAGGGCAUGGCUCAGGUGGGUAGAGGGCUUG